AUGCCUAAGAAUAAGGGAAAGGGUGGUAAGAACAGGAGAAGGGGAAAGAACGAGAACGACAAUGAGAAGCGCGAGUUGACCUUCAAGGAGGAGGGUCAAGAGUACGCUCAGGUCAUCAAGAUGCUGGGUAACGGCAGACUCGAGGCCAUGUGCUUCGACGGUGUCAAGCGCCUCGGUCUCAUCCGUGGCAAGCUUCGCAAGAAGAUCUGGAUCAACAACGGUGAUAUCAUUCUUGUCUCCCUCCGUGAAUACCAGGACGAGAAGGGUGAUGUUAUCCUCAAGUACUCUGCCGACGAGGCCCGUUCUCUGAAGGCCUACGGCGAGCUUCCCGACACCGCCAAGAUCAACGAGACCGACACCUUCGGCCCCAACGAGGAUGGCGACUGCGGCUUCGAGUUCGACGAGGACCGUGACUCCGAGGACGAGGAUGGCGCCGAGGCCGGCGGCAAGACCGUUGAUAUCGAUGACAUCUAA